UCGUUCAAAACAGGAAACGGAAACCCGGUGCUAAUGCUAUCAAUAAGCCGAGAAAACUAGCAUUCUGAUGCCAUCGUUGCUCUUAGACUAAGGAGUUGCUUAAAUGUAAUUAAUUGUAAGGGCAAUCUCUGCGUUAUGUGUUAGCUUCCUUGCCAACUAGGGACUACCGUGCACUUACUAAACUAACCUUAUACAUCCAUGAAACUAACGUUAGCCUACCUCCACCGUUAGCUUGGCUAUUGCUGCUGUUUUGUUGACGCCUAGCUGCAGAGAAGAAUCUGAAGCUGUCAGCCACUGUUAGAGGGACUGAGUAAUUAUGGCUGACCCUGCACGGAUCAAACCUGAAGCUAAACCUGAGAGAACAACUUCUGCUAACGAGGAGCAUCCUAAAUCAGGGGGAACUGAAGAUGUGCCUGCCACAGCAAAACCUACAGAUGAAAACAAAGAGUCAUCCUCGCAAGAUGAGUCCAAACAGGAGGUUAAAUCUGAAAUGGCAGCUGGAGAAGAUGAGGAAGAGGGAACCUCUGGUGAACCUUCUGCUAAAAGACUAAAGGUCGAACCAGAGAAGAAAAAGGAGAAGCGCCAAAAGGUUGAUGAGGAUGAAAUACAAAAGAUGCAAGUUUUGGUGUCGUCCUUUUCUGAAGAGCAACUGAAUCGCUAUGAGAUGUACAGACGUGCUGCUUUUCCUAAGGCAGCUAUUAAGAGGCUGAUCCAGUCCAUAACAGGAUCAUCCGUGUCCCAGAAUGUGGUGAUUGCCAUGUCUGGUAUUUCCAAAGUUUUUGCUGGGGAAAUUGUUGAGGAAGCAUUGGACGUUUGUGAGAAGUGGGGAGACACACCACCGCUUCAGCCCAAGCACAUGAGGGAAGCAGUGAGGAGGUUAAAGAGCCGAGAUCAGAUUCCCAACACCAAGUACAAGCAAAUACUCUUCCACUAAGGCACCGGUGCUUUAGGUUGUAUGGGGAGCAUGCCUUCAAUAAAAAAGUGGUGCCAUAGCUUGUGCAGCCGACUAGACAGAUUAUUUUCUACUAACCAGAGUCAAAAUCAGUGAUUGUAGUAUUGGAGAAUAGUCAAUACAGACACGAUCAAGUGGGUCUCUUGCAUAAAGACAGCUGUAGAAACUCUACUUUGACCUGCUAUCCACCUCUAAUUUUUAAGGUAAAUACUUGAUGCAACAUACAGUGCAAAUGGUGUGAAAUUCUAUUAAUGUAUUAUGGUUGUAAAUACAGUACGUUUUAAAUUGCUCUGUUGUUGUGGCUCAAUUAUU